UGGCUCUCUCUGUGCGCUUUCCAAUAACCAUCUGCAUUCGGCGUUACCGCCUCCGCCGCGAUUUUAGCCGAUUUGUGGAGGCCCUGUGCUGUCGACCGGUCGCAGCGGUAUGCCUCUGGCGGCAGACAUCGUCAAGAGCGGCGCGAUGCGCCUGCUCGGCUCGGCACGGCGUCCGGCGCCCUCGCUGUUCUCGCUGCCGGGACUCGAAGCGCGCGCGAACUGGCGCGGCGCCAAAGGUCUUGACGCCGCGGGCUACCGGCCGCUCGCGGACGCCGUGCGAAGGAUAGAGGACGCCACCGACGCGCUGGCCGACGAAUACGUCAGGGCGAAGGCCGCGCGCGCGGAGGCCGGUCGGAAGGCGAGCGACUACGAGGCCGACGCGUCGCUCCACGGCGGGCGCUGGGACUGGCUGUCGUACGUCGACCGGGGAGCGAUCAAACCGAGCUUCGCGCGCGAGGCGCCGGUCGCCGCGCGGCUCUUGGAUGCCGUGCCGCGGCUCAUGACCGGCGUGCCCUUCGGCCACGCCUUCUACAGCGCGCUCGGCGCCGGGGCCGAGAUCAAGCCGCACACGGCGCCGAUGAACCUGCGGCUGCGGGUCCAUGUGCCGUUGAUGGUGCCGGAGGGCGACGUCGGCAUGCGGCUCGCGGGCGAGGCGUUGGCGUGGCGGCGGGGCGAGGCCCUGGUCUUCGACGACUCGUUCGUGCACGAGACGUGGAACCGGACCGCGGCGGACCGCGUCGUGUUGCUCUUCGACGUGUGGCACCCCGACCUCGGCGACGACGAGAUCGGGGCCGUCGUGGACAUGUUCCGGCGGGCCGCCGCGAAGCCGAAGUAAUGUAGUUGUUGUGGA